AUGGAUCCAUCACAAAACCAUAGAUUAGCGCCGCAUCAAGGUAGACCAAGUCUUCGACUAGAUAUGCUUAUAGAAAAGAGGAAACCAGGAUGUCUACCUGUUCGAACAUUAAACUCGCGUGGGAGAUUACGAACAGCGUCAGAGUCCUCCGCUAGUAACGCUUCUCCUUAUAUGUUUGAUCAGGAAAUAAAAAUGACAGGAAACACAUUGGUUCAUAUGCCUCCACAACCAAGAGUAACAGGAAAUAUUCCUAAUACGAUGGAAAGGAGAGAGACAGGAACUUUAAUACCUCAGUCUCAACGGCUCUCGCAAAAUCUGCAAUUCGGGAGUGCUCCCUCCCAAAGUGGUUUCGCUUCCAUGUCAUCUCCUCGAAAAAUGCAACAUCCUUUCCAAAACCAACGACAAUCACCGUCUAUGGAUAGCCCCGACUUACGAUUUGGUGAUUCUCCACGAAGUGGCUCUUAUAACCAAGAGAUGCUUGAUGAUCUAAUAAUAGAUGAAAUUCUUUCGCUUGAAGACGAGCAGCGUCGCACGAGUGGCAAGACGCAGCCUAUCUCUGUCAGUUACUCAUGUGCCGAUAAUUUAACUCAACUCGGAGGUUCCAAUGCUAGACCAAUUCCUGGAGCUCAAUCAGGAGGCUCAGGUCAUUCCGGUAGUCCAAUAGCCAUCGGGGGUUCCGCAGCUUUCCGUCAAGUAGUUAGCAGUUCAGCUCCAACAUCUUCUAUGGAUAUGGAUCAGAUGAUGCUUGCAGCUCAGGAUAGUGAUAGCGAUUAUUACCGUGAUCGUCGGAAGAAGGAUAUCCACAAUAUGAUUGAGAGACGCCGACGAUAUAAUAUCAAUGACCGUAUCAAAGAAUUGGGACACAUGCUACCUAAAGGAAGCUCCGAUUCUGUUUCCAGGGAUAUGAAGUUGAAUAAGGGAACUAUUCUUAAAGCUUCUUGCGAUUACAUCCGUCAACUUCAACGAGAACGAGAAAAUCUCGCUAAAUUCCAACAACACACUAUUUCCGUAGAAAACAUGGCUAAGCAAUAUGCUGAUCGCGUUAGAGAACUCGAAGAAGUUUUGUCUCGACAGGGGAUCCAAGUGCCUCCAGGGCAACUUCCCCCACUUCCCAAGUUAGCCGAAAGACCAAUUAAACAAGAACCUGAAGAUAGCUCACCCAACCAAACACCAUGCGGAUCACUGUCAUCGUCUGGCUUUUUGGCUCAACUUUCCGAUGGAACUGCCGCAAUGCAAAUUGCAAGCCCAGCCUGUCGUGGAGGACCAAUGCCUUCCAAAUCCCAACCCGACAAUUUUUUCAACAACAGCAGCCCUUCUGAAUACGCAUCGAACAAUUGGCAACAGUUCCAGGAUUUGAUCAUGGAUGACAUAACUCCUCAUCCAAAUAAUCCACUUUUUUCUGGUGGUGACCCACUCAUUUCUCAAGCCGGAGCCCAUCCAUCCCCACACCUUGGCAGCAGUCAGAUGAGCCCAGAUAUCCAAUGGGAUCAAGCUGGCUUUUCGCCUGAUGUCCCUAACUGCAUGCAACAUCAGCAGAUGGACUAUUGA